AUGGAACCUCUCAAACGCGAGAUGUGCUAUGAGCUUCUCGUCAAAACUCCCGGGCUAUCAUUCCCCGACCCCUCGACCACUGAAGCAGCCGAGUUCUCAAAAAGCUGUAAAACAGUCUUUGGCGGCCCAGCUCCACGACCACACAUGAACAAAGCGGAGGCAGAAGACAAAAUCUGCGAGUUCUUAACCGAAUGCGAGAACCACUUCCACAGACUCACCAUGUGUCCCAUACACAAUAUCUCCGCGCGACCAUGCGAAUGCCCGGAGAAGUCGGCUAAAUACUACUAUCAUAUUGCUAUCGAAGCAACCUUGUGCGCUCGAAUCGAGGUCAUCAAGAAGAAUGGUGGUAUCCAGAACGACAUAAAUGGGGCAAACAACCUCAUCUUACUCAACGUUCACAUCCUUCUCUGCAACUUUGCCUCCUUCAAACACACUCAUUCUUAUGCUCCUGUGCAAACUCUGUGCUGGACUGUCAAUGGUGCUCUUGAGUCGCAACAAGAAGCUACAAAGAGGAAGAAAACGCUUCUCAAGCAACGAGAGGUUAAGAAACUCAAGUCUGCUUCGGGUGCUGGAAGUCUUCCUGCGACAGAUGCGGCUGUCGCUAAGGAAAGGAUAAAGAUCCUGAGUUUUCUUGCCUUCCCCUGGCCGGCGCUACGAGGCCUCGACUUUUUCAACGAACCGAAGAUUGUUUGGACGUGGCUUGUGUCUAUGGAGAAGCGAAAGGAGCUUGCGCAGUUUGGAGUUGGGGAUUUUGAUGUUUAA